UUUGCAUUUAGAAUCAACUCCGAACGAUCCCCGCUAGUAGAACUUCUCGAACCGCACUUAUUUCCUAUGCACGCGACUACGCUCCCCGCCAUGUAUCUUAGUUUCCUGGCUUGACAACUACCUCAAGAUCUCCUAGCAGCGCCACUCGAGUCAGCUUUACUGCUAAUGACGCCGCGAGCUUUUUUAGCGCCAGAAGCUCCAUCAUAGAAUCGGUUCCAACAUAUACUUUAGCUCCCGUGCUUCCGCUCUAGUUUCUUCCAAGAUCGUCGCUCUCCGCAUGAUAGAUUAAGGAGGCGUAAAGAGAACCCCAAUAAAAAAAAAUAACGUACCCCGUAUUUGGCGCUGCCGCAUGGGGAACCCGCGAUUUCUCGGCAGGGUAUAGCAGGAAUCGUUUCUUGCCUAAAGUGAAAGAUCGAAGUUUUGCCCCUCAAUUUAGAGAGACCAAAGCAAUCUGAGGCCAUUAUCUACUAUCUGGAGCUAUCCAAAGGCUGUUAAGGGUCAAAGAAGGAAUAAUCGUUUCUCGGAAUCCGAAACUGGGGUAAUAGGGAGCUUACAUACUAAGCCUAUACACGAGGACUCGUGAAGUAGCCAUGAGGCGGAAUAGAGUGCCAGGCUCUCCGCCUUCGCCCUAUAGGGCUCUGGCCCACCAUCCGGCUAAUGGUCAACCUGGCGACUCCGUCUCCUUGAUUAGGUCGUUCAAUAGUGAGACCAACCCGACCCGGCCCAUACGCCCUUCCCCACUUACGGCUUCGACCAUCCCUGACAUGCCGCUUGAUCUUCUCGACCGCAUGAGAUCCUUUCCGCUCUUCAUGUCAGCUCCCGAGGAGUUUCUGGUAGCUAUCGGCAAGCAUCUAAGACCCCAGAUCCAUUCGGCGCACGACCACAUCUUAACGGAGGGCGACGAGGCAAAAGCGAUGUACUGGUUAGUCCGGGGAGUUGUUGGGGUGACUUCGCGGGACGGCGAGGCCGUAUAUGCUGAGCUUAAACCGGGAUCUUUUUUUGGUGAGAUAGGCGUACUUAUGAACAUGCCUCGAACGGCGACUAUUGUCGCGCGCUCGAAAUGUCUACUUCUUGUACUCAAGAAAGAGGACCUCGCCCUGGAGCUGCCUAGAUUUCCCGAUAUGGAAAUGGCUAUUAGACAAGAGGCACACGAACGUCUGACCAUUCUUAACAAGAAACGGCAGGAAAGGGGACAUAGCCUCAAAGUUGCGAAUGGAUCGGCGGCCCGAGAAGCUGCUCCGGGCGAGGUAUUAACUGGGGAUGUCGGUAUAAUUAAGGAAGGGGCCGUAGUAAACCAUAAGAAGAGGAAAUCUCCCAGUCCGGGAGGGAUGGAGGACCCAACAGCAGGAAGUGCGUUAGGAAGUGGCCUCAUAAAUGUGCGGCAGACGCUUAAGGAGCUACCCCUAUUUUCGACGCUGCCCCCUGAUAUUCUUCAUUUCCUAGGGAUGAGUGCGCAACCUAAGACCUAUCCACCUUUCACCGAUAUAAUCCGCCAAGGGACUUCCGGUAACGAAAUUUUCUUCAUUGUGCGGGGCGAGGCGGAAGUGAUCCACGAUGCGGCCGAGGGGAAGCAAAAACGGAUAACACGCUCGUCCGUAAUAAGGCCGCGUCUCAGACAAGGCCAAUAUUUCGGAGAGGUUGCUAGCCUGGGUCUUUCUGUCCGACGAACUGCGACGGUCAGGUCUAUCACAGCUGUUGAAUGUCUCAUGAUUAGUGGUGAGGCUCUGGGCGAAUUAUGGAAACGAUGCCCGCCAGAAAUAAAGAAACAGGUUGAAGAUACGGCAAGGACGCGGAUUAGGCCGAAAGAAGAUGUCGAAAUGGUAGACGCGGAGCCGAUGCGUAAGAAAGGCUCGGUAUCACUAGCCCCUCUACGGCCUCCACAGGUUACGUUUACAACUCCAUCCAUACCCGCUUCCCCGGUAAAGGAUGAGUUAGAUCAGAUGGAACCAAAAGAUCCCGACCCUUUUCUAAGUGUUGAUAUGGAGAAUCUAAGAAACCGACGUCGAGGAUCCCUUGCGCCGCCUAUACCACCGCCAAACGAACCUCCUAGCGCCCCAACAAGUAACGGCUUACGUCUACACAAGCUCAAUACUAAAUUCAAUACUUCUACAACCAUCCAAUCCCCUUUAUCAUACUUUUCUCCCGAUAUAGAAGUACCAACAAAGAAAGUCAAGAUAUUCCCCAGCCGGCCGCAACCCAUCCAAGACGCUCUACUUCCUGACGAUAUCCUGGUGACGAUAUUCCAGUUCCUCGACCUUGCCGAGCUCAUUCGGCUAAGACAACUGUCAUCCCAUGUGCGCAGGCUCCUAGUUACCUCGCCGAAACUAUGUACUCACGUGGACCUCACAUCCUACAACCGCUUUAUAACAGAUGAAGUCCUCAUCAAUAUAAUCGCGCCGUUUCUCGGGCCGCGACCGAUUUCGAUAGAUCUUAGCAACUGCUUUCACAUCACGGAUGAGGGAUUCUCUACGUUGUGGAAAGUCUGCGGCAAGCACAUCAAGGUCUGGAGGAUGAAGUCUGUAUGGGACGUCUCGGCCAACCAGAUCUUAGAAAUGAGCGACAAUGCUAAGGAUUUGGAAGAGGUCGACUGGAGUAACUGCCGGAAGGUUGGUGAUAACCUGUUAGCUCGAGUAGUCGGCUGGGUUGUCCCGGACAACCCCCCGCAGAACGCGAAGCAAAACGCGAAUCAGAACCCCGCCGCUACAACACAGCGCCUCCGAGUCCAGCAGCGGCCACAGGCGCAGGCGCAGGCGAUAGUCCUCCCGCCUCCCGGCACCGUAAUCGGUUGUCCGAAGCUCAAACGUCUCGACCUAUCGUACUGCAAGCAUAUAACAGACCGAUCAAUGGCGCACAUGGCAGCGCACGCCUCAAAUCGACUAGAAUCUCUAACUCUAACCAGAUGUACCUCGAUCACCGACGGUGGUUUCCAAAGCUGGGCCCCAUUCCGAUUUUCCAAUCUAUCCCGCCUCUGCCUCGCCGAUUGCACGUACCUCUCCGACAAUGCAAUCGUCGCCCUCGUCCACGCUGCCAAAGCCCUAACGCACCUCGAUCUAUCCUUCUGUUGCGCGCUCUCAGACACCGCAACAGAAGUCGUCGCGCUGGGUCUUCCCGGCCUGCGCGAGCUGAAAAUGGCGUUCUGUGGUAGCGCGGUGAGCGACAAUAGCCUCGCGUGCGUCGCACUGCACCUCAACGACCUCGAGCGGCUUAGUGUGCGCGGGUGUGUGCGCGUCACGGCCUCGGGCAUCGAGAGCGUGUUGGACGGGUGCGCAAAUCUCGAGUGGGCGGACGUGAGCCAGUGUCGUAAUUUAGAGGGGUGGAUUAGGGGCGGAGGUGUUGCGAGAUGGGGCUACGAUGAGAGGGCUGAGAUUGGAAAGAGCGGCGGUAGAAUGGCGAGUGGGAUGAUGCAGAAUUCGGAUUAUGAGAAGUCCGGAGUUGCAUUUGUGGUUGAGAAAGGGGCGGGCGCGCUGCGUUGAACGGGACGAGGCGAUCUUGGACAUCAAAGCUACCUAUGCUGUCGGAUGAAAUCUUAAAAAGGGGGCUGGCUGGCUUGCAUUACUUACGGCUUUGGCGAUCUACGAUACGAUACUUUUGCGAUGUUUGCGCAACUUAUAUGGC